AUGAAUCAUACAACGAGCUUCACUCAAGCUCUAUUAACGACUUCAACGUCAGAUUUAUCCCCUCUCGUGCCAAGACGAACUUCAACAGAAUCGUCGAAAACACACCAGGCUGAUAAUAAUGGAGACUUGUCUGGCCGUUCACAAUUACCUCUGGAACAGCAACAAAAGCUACUAGAUGUCAUAGAUCCUUCUCACUCAAGCUAUCACGCUGCAAUCGAACAAUCAUCAACAUCUUCAGAUAUAGAAUCUUUCCCAACUUCCGCCCAACAAGAUCCAUUAUUUCUACGCAAGUCAUUAAAGUCUGCUGCUGAGCUUGCUCAAUUGAGAAAGACGGGGCCAAAUGGUAGAAAACUAUCGGCAUUCUAUGAAGCUCAAAACGAGCUUAUUGAAGAACUCUUAUCUCCCGUUGAAGACAAGAGUGAUGCUGCUGUGGCUGCUGAGGAAGAGCGGUUAUUGAAGCUCAAAAUCGCAGUAUAUGGUUCACUAGGCGCAAACGUCUUCUUGUUUUGCUUACAACUUGCCGCUGCAAUCCUAUCCGGAUCGCUCGCUCUAUUCGCCACCAUGGCUGAUGCAUUCAUGGAUCUGGCCAGCUCUAUAGUCUUGGUAUAUGCAGGUCAUGCUGCUGCAGGUUCAAACGAAAUGAAAUACCCGACUGGAAAGGCAAAGUUUGAGACUGCUGGCAUCAUUGUAUUCUCAUCCCUUAUGGCUACUGUAUCUGUUCAACUGAUUGUCGAGAGUUGUAGAGCGCUUGCUUCUAAUGAACAUUCAGUUGAUUUGAAUUACCUGGCCAUCGGUUGUGUUUGUAUCGCCAUUGGAGUCAAAUUCGUGUUAUACCUGUAUUGCCAAGCACUAUCAAGCUAUCCUUCCGCCAAGAUCCUUGCUCAAGAUCAUCGGAAUGACUUGGGUGUCAAUUCCUUGGGUAUCCUUAUGGUCGUAUUGGGUAGUAGGUUUGCUGCAUGGCUUGAUCCAGUUGGAGCCAUUAUCAUUGCAUUGAUCAUUCUUCGAUCGUGGGUCAAUACUGCUUAUGAGCACAUACAGAUGAUUGUUGGAACGACAGCUUCUCCAGCCUUCCUCCAACGUCUUACAUAUCUCGCAUUAACUCAUGAUCCAAGGGUCCAACAAGUCGACACAUGUAGGGCUUAUAAUGCUGGCAGUGACUUCUGGGUCGAAGUCGACAUUGUGCUUCCACCAGAUAUGGUAUUGGCCGAAGCACAUGACAUAGGAGAAGCACUGCAAAUGAAGUUGGAGCAGUUGCCAAAUGUAGAACGUGCGUUUGUCCAUUUGGAUUUCGAGACCGAGCACAAACCAGAGCAUCGUAAAUCCAAGUAA